UGACGAGAAAAAAGCAUCUCCCUGGGUGUAUAUAUAGACACAGGAAAGACAAUAAAUUUACGCAACUCAGACGAAUCAGGAACAAGAAAAGACUUGACAGUCAAAACCAAAGCUUGAUCCACACUCUACAGGCUCAUCAAUGGCGAACGGCGAUGUCAAUGGCGUCUCUCAUGACUUAUCGGCGCUCUUCUCCUCCGACCCGAGGGACUUCCUUGUCCGCAACAACGGCGACAAGGUUACAAUUAGUAGCUUGAGUGGGAAAGUAGUGGCAAUAUAUUUUUCUGGAUCAUGGUGCGGUCCAUGCCGCCGUUUCACUCCCAAGUUGGUUGAAGUCUACCAAGAAGUCGCACCGAAAGGCGACUUUGAAGUGGUGUUUGUGUCUUCUGAUAGAGAUGAGGAGUCAUUCAAUGACUACUUCUCUGAAAUGCCAUGGCUUGCCAUCCCCUUUUCUGAUUCGGACACAAGGAAGCACUUGAAGGAGUUGUUCAAAGUGAGGGGGAUUCCUAAUCUUGUAAUCAUCGACUCGAAUGGUGAGGUUACCACUGAGAAUGGGACUAUGGUUGUGAUGGAAUAUGGAGUUGAUGGCUAUCCGUUCACCUGUGAAAGAAUCAACUUCUUGAAAGAGGUAGAAGAGGCAACAAAGAGGAAUCAAUCCUUGAGUUCUAUCUUGGUCUCUCGCUCUCGUAAUUAUCUGGUCUCAAACAACGGGAAUCAGGUUCCAGUGUCUGCGCUCGAAGGGAAAAUGGUUGGCCUCUAUUUCUCAAUGAGUUCUCACGAGCCAUGUGUUGAAUUUACUUCAACACUUGUGGAUGUUUACAAUAAACUCAAGGAGAAAGGUGAGAACUUUGAGGUUGUCUUAAUACCUCUGGACUAUGAAGAAGAAGAGCACAAACAAGGGUUUGAGGCGAUGCCAUGGUUAGCUUUGCCUUUCAAGGACAAAAGCUGUGAAAAGCUUGUGCGUUACUUUGAGCUCGAGACCAUUCCUACACUGGUUAUAAUAGGCCCAGAUGGCAAGACUUUGGACCCCAAUGUAGCUGAACGCAUUGAAGAACAUGGCAUUGACGCCUACCCCUUCACACCUGAGAAGCUCGCCGAGCUUGCCGAGUUUGAGAAAGCGAAAGAAGCAUCGCAGACAUUGGAGUCACUGUUGGUUUCUGGAGAUAAAGAUUUUGUAAUUGGAAAGAAUGAUUCCAAGGUACCCGUGUCAGAACUUGUUGGAAAGAACGUUCUGCUCUAUUUCUCAGCUCACUGGUGCCCACCUUGCCGUGGAUUCACGCCUAAGCUGAACAAGAUAUAUCAUGAAAUUAAAGAAAAAGACAAUCAAUUUGAAGUGAUCUUCAUCUCAAGCGACAGUGAUCAGUCCUCCUUCGAUGAAUAUUUCUCUAGCAUGCCUUGGCUGGCCCUUCCUUAUGGUGAUGAGAGAAAGAAACUCUUGGACCGCAAAUUCAAAAUUGAAGCCAUUCCUGCAGCUAUAGCCAUUGGCUCCUCUGGUCGAACGGUCACAAAGGAAGCGCGAGAUCUCAUAGGCGUUCAUGGGGCCAAUGCUUACCCAUUUACUGAAGAACAUCUGAAGCAUUUGGAGGAACAGGCUGAAGAACAGGCAAAGGGGUGGCCUCAGAAAUUGAAGCAUGAGCUCCAUGAUGAACACGAGCUUGUACUUACUCGUCGCAAUGUAUAUUGCUGUGAUGCGUGUGAUGAAACAGGACAUGGAUGGUCCUUCUACUGUGGGGAAUGUGAUUUUGAUCUCCAUCCAAAGUGCGCUUUGGAAAAAAAUGAAGAGGCAAAGGAUGAGCCGACGACAAUGGAGGGAUAUGUUUGUGAAGGUGAUGUGUGCCGCAAAGUUUGAUAAACCACCUAGAAGUUUGCUAUGUAUUUAUCUGGUUUGCGUCUUCUGGCGUCUGGUAUUUUUCUCUCGUCAUAUAAGAGCAUUAUAAUGCGUGGAUACAAGUGCGACGUUUACUUUUCAUAAAUGUUAAUUAGGCUUUCUAUGUGACUGUUUAGGCUCCGUAGUAGUCGUUUGAGUGUAAUGUUGUGGGCUUUAUUUAUGUGGAAAAGAAAAUUAUGUUGUGAGACGCUGAA